AACUUUUCAUUUUCAUUCACUAAGCGUAAGGAAAAAGAAAGAACAGAGAGAGAGACCGAAGCUUUAUGAGAGAACCGUAAAAUCCUCUAACCUUCCGACCUCGAUUUCUUGCGAUCCGUAACUCCAAUAAAAAAUCUAAUCCUGUAAAAGUGUUCAUAUCUUCCUCCUCUACGUGUUGGCGUUACUUUUGUCCGGUGGAAAUCGACGGUGACGUAGCUCCCCUACCCCUUGAGUUUGGCCAACUGGAGUUCUAGGAGGCACGGAGGAUUCCAGACGGUUUUUCCUUCAGCAGCACGGUCAGAAAGUUUCUCUAGAGUUUCGAGUAUUUCGAUUACGUACGAAGAUGGAGACCGGAGUUAUAUUUUACGAGAUGGACCCUCCCUAUAUAUACGAGGAUAUUGUGCAGCAUAGGUUUUAUGUAGUAGCUGCGGAGAUUAGGACUCGUAUGUACAUUCUGCGUGAUCAUCCUUUCCAUCACCCGAUUGACACUCCACAGUUUAACCCCGACAUGCCCUAUGAGUUCCCACUGCAGUGGCUCCACCCGGAUGCUCUAUUUCACCCGUUUCAUGAUGGGCCGGUGCCUCACCAGCAUCCCGAUCAGCCUGCGGAUCAGGCGGACCUUGAGUCUGAGCCCAUGGAGGAGCAUUUUCCAGAGCCUGUACCGGAGGAGGACAUCCCCGUGGAGCAGAUCUCAGUAUCUUCAUCUGAGCCAUCUUCUGAGGAGCCGCUCACCGCCUCUAUUAGUGGACCGGCGAGUGCUGGUCAGACCAGUAGCAUGAGUGCUAGUGCCCCUCCUGAGAUUAUAGAGAUUUCCGAUGACGAGGACGAGGAUCCUGAGGAGUGUUCUGAUGUGGUUGUGAUCUCCUCUGACGAUGACAGUUGAGUCCUGGGAGCUGCGGUUGUGCCUUUUGAUAGUUUUUUUUUUGUGUUAGCCUAGCCUUUGGGUUAAUCUCUCACUUUUGGUCAAACUCACUGAGAGAGUAGGGUGUACAUAGUGGACUAGGCUAGUUCGGGUGCCAG